AUGGCAGCGCCUCUCGACGGCGACGAUACGCUCAACCUCAGCGGGCUCUCGAGUACAGACGAGGACGUGCUGCGAGAGAUGCUCGACUACCUCCAGAUCGAGUGGCCGCUGCCAGCAUCAUCCGCGCCGCCCGCGCCGCGGGUGCCGAUCGAGACGCCGCAAUUGCAGUGGGACCCGCAUCAUUGCACCGAGACCAUCACACUCGAAGACGACUACAUGGUUGCAAACAAAGCCGUGCGUGGGGAUGGCGAAGUGCUUGCCUCGAUGCCAGCGACGUCAUUUGGAGUGCUCGUUCGCCUCGGGAGCGAUGUCGAAGUCGGGUUUAUGCCCUUGCACAAGGUUGCGUUUGCACAGGACUCGCGCAAGACGCCGCCUGGUUGGUUCUUUCGGUGUUCGAACGGCACGGUGCGGUCGCAGACCGAGCCCCGCAAUAUUCCUGUCGUGUCGUCGAAGCCGAUGAACUUGAUCUUCCUCCAAGUGACGUGGCACAAGGACCAAGAACGCAUCUCGUUUGCUAUCGACGGCGUCGCUCUCUCAGCGGGGCUGCACAACGUACCGAAAGAUGCCACCUUGUACCCGUGUCUGCGCUUCGCAUCGAGCUGGGCUACCGUCAAGCUACUGCCUGUAUAA